AUGCUGUUAAACCGACCUGCAACUGUGCAACCUCUCCAGCAACAAACUAUCUACAGCAACCAGCCACCUUCUCGGCAGCAGUACCAGCACCAGCACCAGAACUUCUAUAACAACCACACCCUCGACUUCGACCUCGACGACGCUCCAAACGAUAUCAGCGCAUCGAGUAUUUCUUCCUCCCCCCUCUCGACUCAGUCGCUCCUUUCUCAACAUUACUCUCUUGCAUCUCAACCCAGCGCAUUCACCACCUUCGACUCUUCGCACUUGGCUGUACCCCGAAGAGCAGCGCCUGCAGCCACAUCAUUUGACGACACGUCCUUGACAUUCAGUAACCUAAACCAGUUACCGCAAGACCUGAUGUCGUCAGAGACCGCUUGGGCCUUGGGGAACAACUUCAAUAACAAGCCGGUCGGCCGGCUUCCACACCAAAGAGAAUCCUCCUUGUCCUCUCUGGGCUCUGCCGGUCCCGCCUCCCCAUUCAAUCACAAUACAUCAAACCCUCAGAUCGCGGUUACCGAUUCAGCCCCCGACGGCAUUUACGACAUGCAGGCUCACGAUGGAAACUUCUACCAGCUGGCCAAAUCCAUGCCUACUCAUGACAGCAUGUACCCGAAUUACAACGGACUGAGCAGUAUACCCGCGGACAUCGGCGGCUACACCUCAGCGCUAAACGUUCAGAGGCCGAGGUCUGACCGCACAGGUCUACUCCCUGCCCCCGAGCUCUCCAUGGCAGGCAGCAGGUCGCACCCACCAUCGGUGGCAAGUUCUGUCGCUGGUGACUCACCGGCCACGCCGUCCGUGGGCGAACACGAAGAUGACAGGAGAAGGAAAGCUGGUAAGCAUAAUCCUGUCGAUUUCGAUGAAUUGUUGAGCAGCCGCUUACCAUGUUCUGAUGAUUCAGUGUUCAGCAAUGUGCCCAAGUUGGAUCGCACAAUGACGGAUAUCUACAACGACGAACUCUACAGCCCAAAUUUUACCAUUACUUCCGCAUCUCCAGCCCAGAGCCAAAUGGCUGUCUCUCCCAGCAACGAUGUCUUUGCCCAGAGAUUGAGCGCUGCCAACAACCAGCACCUGAGCGCUGCUCAGUCACCAUCGUCUACUGUGUCACGAGAUCGCUCGCCUUUCCGCCAAGGCUCACCGCUAGCGCCCGUUACCAAUCAUGAUUUUGGUAACGGUACCCGCAACCCGCAGCUCCGCUUUCCCUCGGCUCAUCAGAUCAGAGAGCAGAAGAAGGCUGAACACGAGGCUCAGUUCAGGCAGCAAAUGACUCUGAAGAACGAGCCCGAAACUCCGAAGACGAUCUCUCCGAAGGAUGUCAAUCUCGAAUUUCAUGAUGCCGACGCGGACCAGUUCCCCUUGUUCCCCUCCCAGGAUUCGACCGACUUCGAUGAUCUUGCCAAGGCCGUCGUGUCUCAAGAAUCAAACAAUGGAUUUGGCAGGACGCCUGUGCCCAACGCGGCUGCAUUUCAGUACAUGCCCACGCCGCUUUCCAAUGGUGUACAGAUUCCCCAGCAAUAUCCAUUCAUUGCACAACCUCGUCAGGCGCACGAACAGUUGCCUCGACUCAGCUCCGCCGAGUCUAGUUCGGGCAUGUCGGAGGGGACUCCAAGUUCUCACGGAUUGCCCAUCUCGAAGCCUGCCGGGACCGCUGCGGAUAGCGGAACAUACACUUGCACAUAUCACGGAUGUACUCUGAGAUUUGAGACCCCAGCCCUCUUGCAAAAGCACAAGAGGGAGGGUCAUCGCCAGACUCAGACCAUCAGCGGUCCCAGAAGAAGCGAUGCCGGCGUAUCGUCCUCCCCGAACAGUCUCUUGAAUAGUCAGGCAGGCCCUCAUCGAUGCGAUCGAAUCAACCCCAGCACUGGCAAGCCGUGUCACACCAUCUUCUCCCGCCCUUACGAUCUUACCAGGCAUGAGGACACUAUUCACAACGCUCGGAAGCAAAAGGUUCGCUGCAAUCUGUGCACCGAGGAAAAGACCUUCAGCCGCGCGGAUGCACUCACACGACACUACCGCGUCUGCCAUCCCGACGUCGAGUUCCAGGGGAAACACCGCCGCCGUGGGCACAACGCGUAG